CAUGCCUCUUUCUUCUUCCAAAUUUUUUCUCCUAUUUUUUUACUGAAUACUCACAAAACAACGCUUUAUACGCAUGUCAUCUGUUGUAAAGAUUCUUGGAGAUUCUAUUUCUCUCAGCGGCGCGUUCCAGCGUGCAGCCGAGGGUUUCGUCAACCGCACGCCGCACCGGAGCGCGCUAGUUCUUGGCGCAACCGGUGAGGUUGGGCGCGAGGUGGUCGGGCACCUGCUUGCAUCGGGGGCGUUUGAGAAGGUGACUGUGUUUGUGCGGCGGCCUAUCGAGUAUAGCGGGCCGCAUGCGGACCGGCUCGAGCAGAAGCCGAUUGACUUUGAAGAUACGGCCAAGAUGCAGGGUGAUUUCGCCGGACACACGCACGCAUUCAGCUGCCUGGGUACGACGCGCGCCAAGAGCGGCCCUGAGGGCUUCUAUAAGAUCGACCAUGACUAUACGAUGAACGCGGCGCGCGCAUGCAAGGCAGCCGAAAUCAGAGCACUACUCGAUUUGCAGCUCGGCGGUGGGCUGGGUUUCCCGCGGGUGUCGGUGUUCCGCCCCGCCAUGCUCGAGUGCGACCGCGGCGAGGCCAGAUGGAUGGAGCGGAUGGUCACUGCGGCGCUGCCUGUGCUCAAGGCGUUCGCAGCAAAGUCAGUUGCCAUCAAGACGUCGACGGUCGAGACACCGGUGGCCGAGAUCAUCUCCAACGCCGACAUGCACAAUGCCUUCGAGAGCAGCAAGUAA